CAAACUGCAGGCAUCUGUGUACAAAAGCUGUGCUCUGGGUAAUUAAAUAUCAAAUAUCAUCUUGGCUCACUGAAGACUGCCGGAACAAUUUUGACUCUGGGAAUCAUGUUUAACAACAAUCAGGACAUGUCCACCAUUGUUUCUGUAUUCUCUGCACUCUUCUGUGUUUUAUUGGCCCAGUCCUCACUCUGUAAUGGAAGUAAGAUCCUGGUAGUGCCUGUUGACGGCAGCCACUGGAUCAACAUGAAGAUUAUCCUUGAAGAGCUUCACGCCAGGGGCCAUGAAAUCACAGUUAUGCGCUCUGCGAAGAGCUGGUUCAUCCCUAGUACUUCCCCUAUUUAUACCUCAAUUAAUGUCACAAUGUUUGAGGAUGAUGCAGACAGAGACUUCUACAUUAAAAUGCUCAAGGAUGUAAUGGAUCGCCGCAGCUAUCCCAAUUUUAUACGGACACUUUACCAACAGCACUUGCUCACAUCUGAAAUAGGUGAUGGUCAUAAGAUUUUGGCCAAAUUCGCUGCAAAAAUUAUAGAGGACACAGAGUUAAUAAAGAGAUUACAGGAUACUAAAUUUGAUAUAAUAUUGACAGACCCUGCCCUUACUUUGGGGGUUAUUCUGGGUAGUUAUCUCAAGUUGCCGAUGGUAUUUAAUGUCCGCUGGAUGAAUCUAGGUGAGGGUCAUUUAGCCAUGGCUCCCACCCCUGUGUCUUAUGUCCCUGUAUCAGGAAGUGAACUUCCUGAUCAAAUGGAUUUUCCAGAGAGGAUUAAAAAUAUGUUGCAUUAUCUCCUCAAUGUUUAUGAGCAGUACUUCAUUAUUAACCCAGCCUACUCAGAGCUGUUCCAGAAACACUUUCCUCCUGGCACGGACAUGAUUUCUUUGGAGCUCUCAGCUGAAAUCUGGCUGUUUAGGGCAGAUUUUGUCUUUGAGUUUCCACGGCCCACCAUGCCUAAUGUGGUGUACAUUGGGGGGUUCCAGUGCAAGGAGGCCGAACCUCUCCCUGAUGAUUUGGAGGAAUUCAUGCAGAGUUCUGGAGAACACGGUGUUGUGCUCAUGUCUUUGGGAACACUGGUGUCAGCUCUGCCUUCAGAUAUCACUGAAGCCAUUGCUGCUGCAUUUGCUGAGCUCCCUCAGAAGGUGAUUUGGCGGACUUUAGGUGACGAACCUUCAUCUCUAGGAAAUAAUACCCGGCUAGUAGAAUGGUUUCCCCAAAAGGACCUUUUAGGACACCCUAAGACCCGUCUCUUUGUAGCCCAUGGGGGAACCAAUGGAAUGUAUGAAGCCAUCUAUCACGGUGUUCCUGUUCUAGGCUUACCCCUCCUGUUUGAUCAAUUUGAUAACUUACUCAGACUGAAGGUGCGCGGUGCAGCUCGAGUGGAAGAGGUCAGGACUCUGACUAAAGACAGUUUCCUGGAGGCUCUGAAGGACAUCUUAGAAAAUCCAUCUUACCAGAACAACAUCCAACAUCUUUCUCAGCUACACCGUGACCAACCAAUGUCUCCAAUGGACACUGCCAUCUUCUGGAUAGAGUAUGUCAUCAGGAACAAAGGAGCUGCUCACCUGAAGCCAGCAGGUUUCAGUCUGCCUUGGUAUUCCUACUUCUGUUUGGAUGUUGCAGCCUUUCUUUUGGCCAUAACCGGAACCUUCAUCAUGGGUUCGGUCUUUGUCUUCAGGUUUUUCUGUUGCAGGAAAUCCAACAAGAAAUUAAAAGCAGAGUAAUUCACCAAAAUAUUUGACACUUGAAAAACUUUUAUGAAUUACUUUAACUCUACCUUUUUAUAAAUGUCAUUUACAAACAUGUUUGUCUUAUGUUAGGAUAAUUAUCAUUUGUUUUAAAAUAAUAAAACUUUUAACCAACA